AUGAAGGCCAUUGUCAACAUCGCACUCGCUGCUAUCGCGGCCUCCAGCCCCUUGUUCCGCGCCGAUCACAAUGGGCUUGAAAUCACAGCGCAGCUCAACAGUCGCGCAACGGGAAGCACAUCAAAAGAAUUCACCGAGGGCGGUUGUCGUGAUGUCAUUUUCGUCUUCGCUCGGGGUUCUACAGAGCUCGGAAACAUGGUGCGUCCCGCCCCCCCGCCCCCCCGGCUCGGGUGUUUUCUCCCGCUUAAACCCCCGUCACAGGGAUCAACUGUUGGCCCCCCAACUUCGGACGGCUUGAAAAAACGUUACGGUGAUGACAAGGUCGCAACAGAGGGCGUCGACUACGCUGCCAGUCUGGAGACCAAUCUUGCGCCCGGUGGCGCGGAUCCAUUGGCCGUGGCUGAGAUGAAGAGGCUUCUCAAUGAUGCCACCGAAAAGUGCCCCAAAGCAAAGAUCGUCGCCGGAGGUUACAGUCAAGGGGCAGCUGUCGCCCAUCGAGCAAUCGAGAGCCUUUCCGAUGCAGUCAAGAAGAGAAUAGAUGGUGUUGUUACUUAUGGCGACACCCAAAAAGCGCAGGACAAGGGACAGAUCCCCAAUUUUCCCAAAGACAAGGUCAAGAUAAUUUGCAACGACAGCGACGAGGUUUGUAAAGGAACGCUCGAGAUUGAACCUGCGCAUCUGGAUUACGUGAGGCGUGUUUCCGAAGGUGUUGAUUUCCUGGUCGGGAAAAUUGGUAACAUCUAA